CGCCUGCGCAGUAGCGGACGUCGUGCUCGAGUCACGGGCCGAGGAGAUUCCCCGCUCGGAACGUACCGGAGGGCGGGUGCGGCUGCGCGACGUGGGACGGCCGCGCCAUGGCGGACGAAGAGCUCGAGGCGCUGAGGAAGCAGAGGCUGGCCGAGCUGCAGGCCAAGCACGGGGAUCCUGGUGAUGCAGCUCAACAGGAAGCAAAGCAAAGGGAAGCGGAAAUGAGAAACAGUAUCUUAGCACAAGUUCUGGAUCAGUCAGCCCGGGCCAGGUUAAGUAACUUAGCACUUGUCAAGCCUGAGAAAACCAAAGCAGUCGAGAACUACCUCAUACAGAUGGCGCGGUACGGACAGCUGAGUGGGAAGGUGUCAGAACAAGGGUUGAUAGAGAUACUUGAGAAGGUCAGCCAGCAGACAGAGAAGAGGACGACGGUUACAUUCAACAGAAGGAAAGUAAUGGAGUCUGAUGAAGACGAGGAUUACUAAGAGGAAGUGCUCAGCCUGCGGAGCCGCGUCUAGGACAGUUACAACCUUUUACAUGUUUACUUUGUUUAUUGUCUAUAUAUGCUUUUGAAAAAAUAAACUUGUUACUCAAACUAAAGCAGUUUGGGUGUUUCAGAGUCGCAGGCUCCUCAGCAGAAGAC